UUCCUUUUCAUUUUUUUUUGGAGAAGAAGGAGAACACCGCCUCCUUCACCCUGACUCUUUCUCCGCCGCUUCUCUGUUUGUCACUCUAUCUUCCCUCUUCUCCGUCACUCCACUACACGCAGCCGGCGAAUCUACCAGCGACAACAACCAACGGCGGACAGCAGCUCCGGCGAGAACCGCUCGACACGGACAGCAGCUCCGGCAAGAACAGCUGCAACUGGCAGAAACCAACGCCGCCGUCUCCCUCGCUGUACAGCAGCCAUCGACGAAAAGCAGCAGCAGCAGCACGGGCAGCAGCUCCGCCACCAACAACACGCGCAGCAGCUCCGAUCAUCAGCGCCACCAACGACGGACAGCAGCUCCUCAGCAGCAACCAGAUCACCUCCUCAACCCGCCGGCGAAAAGCAGCCACGGCUCCGACUAGAGACUCCGGCUAGUGACGAAAGAGGGACGCCACCACAGAUCCGUCUUGAUUUGGUCAGUUGUCUUUGUUGAUUUUCUAUGCGAUACUUGCCCACCAAAGUAUUGAGAGAAUUCGGCUGUGAACUUGGGAUCACUGUAAAAGAACGUAGAACUGCAGUCUAACUUGGGGAUUUGCUUGAAGGUAUUUGCUCACGCUUUAAGAGGGUUCAAAAUUCACAUUAUGCUUCAAGUUCAAAUUUCCAGUACAGCGGUGAUGGAGAGGAAUAAAGAUGGAGACAAGAAGGGUCCUAUUAAUACUCAAGCCUAUGUGCAGAUUUUGGGGACUGGAAUGGAUACCCAAGAAACAUCCCCGUCUGUUCUGCUCUGCUUCGACCACGAAAGAUUCAUAUUUAACGCUGGAGAGGGAUUACAACGUUUUUGCACGGAGCAUAAGAUAAAAUUAUCUCAGGUAGACCACAUAUGUCUUACUCGUGUCUGCUCAGAGACAACAGGUGGACUUCCAGGCUUGCUAUUGACUUUGGCUGGCAUGAAAAACGAAAGUUCUAAGAGUGAUGACCAUGUCUGCAUAUGGGGUCCUCCUAAUCUAGAUUUAUUGGUUAAUGCAAUGAAGACUUAUGUCCCUAAUGCUGUCAUGAAAAAAAUAAAUAUCAUCUCACAAAGUGGAUCUGCAUUAGCUCCCCCUGACUGUGAUGGCAAGUUCAAGGCAGUUAGUAUCUCAGCUAUUCUCCUAUCACCGAUUCGUUUGGCUGGAUCUGAUUUUAGUCCAAAUGAUACCUCUAUUGUAUAUGUUUGUAAAUUACAUGACAUUAGGGGGAAAGUUGACACCGUAAAGGCUAAAGCUUGUGGACUCGAGGAUCAGAGAAAACUUGGACAGUUGCAGAAUGGGAUCAGUGUGAAGUCAGAUCUUCUGGAUAUAGAGGUCCAUCCAGAUGAUGUUGUAGGUCCAACUUUUCCUGGUCCGAUUGUACUGAUUGUAGACUGUCCAACAGAACCUCAUGCACAAGAGUUACUCUCUGCACAAGCUCUUGAUGCGUAUUAUUCAGAUUCCCAAAGCAACUUCACCAAUGUUGUGAAUUGCAUCAUUCAUUUGAGCCCUGCUACUGUCGUCAAUAGUCCAGUUUAUGAGAAAUGGAUGAGGAAAUUUGAUUCUGCCCAACAUAUUAUGGCAAGAACUACAAGGAAGCAUGAAACAACUCCAAUUCUAGUAUCUAGUGCUAGAAUAGCUACAAGACUACAUUAUUUGUGUCCUCAGUUAUUUCCACCUCCUAGUUUUCCUUCUGUUCAAAGUGAUGAUGACGUUGCAGCACCAAAUAUCAAAGUAACAGUGGAGGGUUCAGUUUGUGGCAUAUCUGCUGAAAAUCUCCUAAAGUUUACCUUACGUCCUCCUAGAAAAAUGGGAUUGGACAGAUCAUGUGUUCAAAAUAUGAUGACCUCCUCAUUGUUCAUUGAAGAGUUACUUUCAGAGAUUCCUGAGAUUGCUGAUGCAGCUACGAACAUAAGCAAAUUUUGGCGCAAACAUAAAGAAGAUGAGGUGAAAUUAUCUGAAACGGAGGACAGUAGUGAUGUCGUGACUGAAGAACCUUCGAAAUUCUCUGUCCCUAGGUGUCUAGAGAAUGUACAGAGAGAUGAUCUAGAGAUUGUUUUUCUUGGCACUGGUUCUUCUAUACCUUCAAAAUAUCGAAAUGUCAGUUCCAUCUAUGUUAAUCUUUUCUCUAAAGGAGGUUUACUCCUUGAUUGUGGAGAAGGAACUUUGGCACAACUCAAGAGGAGAUAUGGCAUUAGUGGUGCAGACAAUGUUGUUAGAAAUCUUAAAUGCAUUUGGAUUUCCCAUAUCCAUGCUGAUCACCAAGCAGGUUUGGCACGGAUACUUGCUUUAAGACGUGAUUUGUUGAAGGGAGUAGACCAUGAACCCAUACUGGUUAUUGGGCCAGAGAAUGUUGGGGAGUUUCUCAAUGAAUAUAUAAAAUUAGAAGAUCUAGACAUGUUUUUCCUCGACUGUUGGAGCACUACGGGGUCUAAGUGGGAUAACAUGGAGGCUGAAGACAGUUCUCUCCAGCCUUGUUCGAAAAAAUUGAAGCCAAGCACUCCAUUUGAUGACAUAACAUUACGAAAGUGUUUAAGGAAAGUUCUCGGUGAAGCAGGACUAGUGAGACUCAUCAGCUUCCCUGUUGUACACUGUGAUGACGCGUUUGGUGUAAUCUUGGAAUCAACAGAAAGAAUGAAUUGCGGUAAAGUAGUACCAGGUUGGAAGGUUGUGUACUCCGGUGACACAAGGCCAUGCUCAGAAGUUAUAGAAGCAUCUCUUGGAGCAACAAUUCUUAUACAUGAGGCGACGUUUGAGGAUGGCCUUGUGGAGGAGGCUAUAGCAAGAAAUCACAGCACAAUCAAGGAAGCUAUAGAAGUGGGAGAUUCUGCUGGUGCAUACCGUGUAAUAUUAACUCACUUUAGCCAAAGAUAUCCAAAAGUACCUGCACUUGAUGAAGUGAGUAUGCAAAGAACUUGUAUUGCUUUUGACCUAAUGAGUGUAAACCUAGCAGAUUUGCCAGUGCUCCCUAAGGUUCUUCCCUACCUCAAAUUGCUUUUCAGAAACAACGGUUAAUUUAAAUUUUAAAGUACAGUCAAACCACUCUUUAACUGUUAUCCACUAUAACAGUCUAGUUUUCCUUGGAAACAACUUUCAUAUUAUGUUAUAUUAUAUAUUUUUUAUAAGAA